GCCGUUUUGAUAGUCGGCAGUCGCUUGGGGAAAAUUACUCCAUUUUGCGCUUUGACAGUUACCAUGUCGUUCUCUUCUCCUCAGUUUAGUUGAACAAAAAAUUAAUGGCGAUUUUUUCAUUCCAUUCAGUUCUCUAACUUUUUCAUUACCAUCAAUCCAAAUGAAUUCCGCACUCUGUGUAUCAGUGUAAUUCAAUCAUAUGCUUCGGUAGUGAUAUGCAAGUCUUGCUCCGUUCUUUCUAGUAUAUUGAUUUGUAAUUUUUUGACCUGAUAAUCCGUAACCUUGAAAUGGCUUUGAUAGAUGUAGCUAAAGCUUGCCUUGAUUCAAUUAACCAAAUCUCGGAGCAUAUAAAAGGUGCCACUCUUUAUCUGGAUUCUGGAUGCACAGAGAGUUUCCAAUUUGCUGGAGUUUUUCCUUUGUUAUUGGACCUUGGAGUGCAAGCUGUUUGUAGCCUAGAAAACGUGUGUGCUCUUGAUGGGGUGGUUAGUUGGAAUCCAGAUUCUGACGCUGCAACGAAAAUUGUUGUUAUCACAUCUCGUCUACUUAGUGAUGCACAUCGAUAUAUCUUACGUUGCCUAAGCACACAUCAAGGUGUUCAGAGUUUUACAGUGUACACAUCAAUCUCAGAGGUAUUGCUUUCGGUUAUCACUGCACAUUUUCUUUACCAUCUAGCUGCAAAGAUGGACCUGAAAAUGGAAAUAUAUUCCCUGGGUGAUCUGUCAAAAACUGUUGGCAAGAUUAUGACAGACAUGUCUAGCCUUUAUGAUGUAGGCCGCCGUAAGCGUUCUGCUGGUCUUUUACUUAUUGACCGCACACUUGAUCUCCUUACUCCAUGCUGUCAUGGGGAUUCACUAGUUGAUCGCAUUUUUUCAUCUUUGCCUCGAAGAGAAAGAACAACAUCUUAUUCCCACAUGAAAGACUCGCAAAAUCAACUCAAACUUGGCCCUUCUAACCUACAACAUGCGCCGCUUGAUGUUCAGAUACCUCUUGCUAAAAUAUUAAGAGGAGCUAAUGGAAUAAAUGGCUCUUCACUUUUACAGAGUAUUGAGGCUUUCCUAAGUGGGUGGGAUGCUAAUAACUCUGCUCCUCAAAUUGUAGACCUGGUUAACCUCUGUAAUAAAGUUCAUGAUGAGAAGUCUACUCUCUCUGAGAUUCAACUAUUUAGUGGGUCAUUGGUUUCUACAGAAACUUUCCGUGGAACACCAUUUAUGGAAGCUAUAUUGGACAGAAGAACAAAAGAUGGAACAGUACUGGUAAGGAAGUGGCUUCAAGAAACUUUGCGCCGGGAAAAUAUUACUGUUAAUGUGAAAACUCGUCCUGGUUUAGCUACAGAAUCAGAGUUGAAAUCUAUGAUUGAAGCAUUAGCUAAAAGCCAGUCAUCAUUAAUCAGAAACAAAGGAAUUCUUCUGUUAGCAGUAGCUGUACUAGUUUCCCUAGAUGAAUCACAUUCUACCAGAUGGGAUGCAUUUAUUAGUGCUGAGAAAAUAUUGAGAGCAAGUGCUGGAGACACAAGCCAGAGUCUUGCUGCUCAAAUUGGUGAUCUUAUCAAUAAGAGUAUUUUGAUGGCAUCUAGGGGACAAAAUUGCAAAACUGAACCUUUACAAGCAUUACUUUCUUUUGAAGAUGCUUUGUUCCUUAUGAUUGUUGGCUAUAUAUUGGCUGGUGAGAUUUUCCCUACUUCUGGCUCAGGUGGUCCAUUUUCAUGGGAAGAGGAGCAUUUUCUAAAGGAAGCUGUUAUGGAUGCAAUCCUUGAAAACGCAUCAGUAUCAAAACUCAAGUUUCUCCAUGGUCUAACAGAAGAACUUGAGGCCAACUUCAAUAGGAAAAAAUUAGAAGUGAUAGAAGAAUCACCAGAUAAGUUAGAAAUUGAUGAUUUUGAUGAUGACCAGUGGGGAAAAUGGGGCGAUGAAGAGGAGGAUGAUGAUGAUAAGAAUAAGAAGGAACAACAAUAUGAUGACAUGCAGGUGAGGUUGGAGUUGCGUGAUAGGGUGGAUAGCCUUUUCAAAUUUUUUCACAAGUUAUCUUCUCUAAAAAGGAGGAACAUACCAUUGAGAGAAGGGACGUUCUAUUUGGAAAGCAACUUAAGUGAUGAUUUUGACUCGAAUAAAGGGUUACUCUAUAAGAUUCUAAGAAGUGUGUUGAGCAAAAAUAACAUUCCUGGGUUGGAGUAUCAUUCCUCUACCAUGGGACGGCUUUUCAAAAGUGGUUUUGGAAGAUUUGGUCUCGGACAGGCAAAACCAAGUCUCGCAGACCAGAAUGUCAUAUUGGUUUUUGUGAUUGGGGGCAUCAAUGGCACUGAGGUACGUGAAGCUCGAGAAGCAAUAGCAGAAAGUGGAAGGCCCGACGUAGAAUUGAUCAUUGGCGGAACAACAUUUCUAACUCCUGACAAUAUGUUUGAUUUACUAAUGGGGCACUGUAGUCACUUGUGAGUAAAUAUUUUUGAAACAUCUGGAAGAUAAAAUAUACACAAAAACUAAGGUCAAAAUGAAAAUAAAAUUCGUUUUAACAUAUCAUGUGAUUCAUGUAAUGAGUUUGAUGUAGCAAAUUGUACAUUUUGCUCUGAUGUAGGGUAAGAAAAGUGAGAAGGUUCAGUUCCUUAUGUUUUAUGACCUCAA